AUGGCGCGUCAGGAACCACAGCAGGAGCAGGUGGCGGCGCUGGAGGAGUCCACUGCCCCCACGGUAUCGGCACCUCGCGCCCACCGACGAAGAGGCGAGGGAAUGCGCCCGCGGACGGACCAGCCUGAGGAAGGGGAGGGGUACGGGGAGGAACAUACGGAGGUGCGGGGGACACAGGGGGUGACGGUGGCUGGGGCUGCGAUGGCGGCUGAAACCAACGACGGUGAGGCGGGUGAGAGGGCGGAGGCUGCGGCGGCUGCGGGGGCUGAGGCGGCGGCUGCGGUCGCAGAGCCUGGGGCGGCGGCUGGGGGGGGUGCGCCGGAGGUUGCCACGGCCUUUGAGAUGACGGUGGGGCGUGUGGCGGACCCGGGCCGGCCUGACGAGACUGCCGCCGCCGCUCACGGCGGCUCAUCUUCACCCUCUGCCACCCCCCGGACCGCAUCUCGGCUUGCUGAGGGGCGGGGGCCGGUCGCGGAGGAGGGACAGUCGGGGGAGGUGGGACUGGCGGAAUCCCCGGCAUCGGUGGCCGCGGCUGAGAUCGCUGUGGCUGUGACUGCUGCGGCGGGGGGACGGGAUAGGGAGGCGGGCGGAGUGGAAGUGACGGCGGCCGCUGCGUCCGACGGAACGCCUGCUGCGGACGGGGGCGCAGGCACGCAGGGGUACGGCCAGGCGGGGGACGGUAGACAGGACCGCGGGAAGAGCGUCGCUGCUCCCGUCGCCCGCGGGAAGAAGGGGAAGAAGCCGCGCGCCCAGCCAGCAGCGAGGCGGCCCGGAGCAGGGCUGGGGCCUGGUCCCCCGGGACCCCUCCUGGGCUGGCUGCUGCAAGGGCAGUCGCCACAAGGGCCAACGCGUCCGUCGUCAUCGCGGGCCGGACCGUCGCAACAGAUCGCCGUCGACGAAGUGAGCGCGCCAACGAUGCCGCCACCUGCAGAGCCUGGCACGGAUGACCGCGCCGCACCAGCAGCUACGGUGGUGGCGGCCGCAGCAGGGGAGAUCGCACCUCCGCAGACUGGCACCAGGCGCUCGACAAGGCUGGGGCCUAUCACCUGGGGCCCGCCACGUGGCGGGCGUACACCGUGGAUGCCGGCGGGCCGAGGGGCAGGCAACGUGGCGGCGGGAAUCGCUGGCGGCGCGGGAAGGGGAGCGCGCGGAGGCCUGCGCGGAGGACUGCGGGGGGGACGGGGAGGGCGCAAUCCGGUCGUCAGAUCUGAUGUACCUGUAAGGACUGGCUCUUGGCGGGAACGCCACGAUAGGCCGGAAAUACUGGAGGCUGGGGCAAAUGAGGAGCGAGUCGCAUCUGACAACUGCAGAGACGACCCAGAGUUUAUGGGUGGUGAGGAGGAGGAGUCCGAGGAAAUCUCUUUGGAUGAGGAGCAGGAACCGGGCAGGAGAGCCACACAGAGUCGAGGGGGUGCAGCGGCAGAGGGAAAUAUCCAGGAAAAUCCAGGCGGGGGAGAGCAACCAGCCACGGAGGACACUGAUGUGCCAUCCCCUGCCAACCUGGCCGGCGAUGAUGCCAUCUGGCUGGCGGCAGGGGCAUGGAACGUGGACAUCCUUCAGAGGGGGGAACAGCCUUUCCUGGUCCGCCGCUUACCACCCCAGAUUCUGGACAGAUACACUCUGUGCAUGCUGGCCGCACUUCAUCGCCUGGACAAGAACCCAAGCUGCCUAGGUGGCUGGUUGGUGCUUCAAUUCCUACCGAGGCUCACGCUCAGGCCCGCUCCCGAACCUGUUACUGGGAGCCGCUGGACACACAUCGAGGCGCGCCUUCACAAGUUCCAAAAGGGCGAGUGGGGUGACCUUUACGAGGAAGCCAGGGUCAUCCCCAACGUAGGAGGCCCGAUACGGCACCAGGGGGAUGAUGAAGGGGGAUCCGGCCCUCGCCAACGAGGAGGUGUUGCUACUUUUCGCCAACGUGGUCAAUCGGCUACUUGGUAG